AUGAGUUCAUCAACAAACAGCAACAACAACAACGAUCAGCUUGAUCCAAUUGUUCGUAAUCUUAAACAUAUUGUCGAUACGGCUUUUCAACAAGACGCAUCCGAGGAUCUUAACAAUGAAUUGUUAAUUGAGCAAUUGAGUCGUAUACUUGAACAAGAAGAAGGAUUUCGUUUAAAUGACCGACAAAAACGAUCGAUGUAUCCAAUCGGCGAAGAUGAAACACCAAUUUUUGAUGGUUCCGGUGAUAUGCUUGAAAACAAGGAUUUACCACCUUUCUAUUCAAAUAUGACUCUUGUAACCAUUACCAUGGGAAGUACUACGACUGCUUUUGCCAAAUAUACACCUCAGACCUAUUCGCAAUGUCCCUGUGAAAAAGGUGAACGCGGAGAAAAAGGUGACAUAGGCAUUUGUCCAACAGAUUGUGGUCGAAAGUUUGAUACAUAUACGAAAGAAUGCCUUGGCACACGCAUUAAUUUAGAACGUCUUGCUCAAUCUAUCAAUCAAUUGAUCAGUGAUGCCAAAAAAAUUGCCUAUCGAAAUACUCAAGGAGUAUCCUGUGUAUGUCCAACAGCGCCCCCACCAACAACAGUUACUACCACGCAGUUCACUUUAGACUAUAAUACCUAUAUUCGAUUGAAAGGCGAAAAAGGUGACCGAGGUGACACUGGCACAUCAUGUUCACCUAUAUGUACACAAUCAGGACAAAUGAGUGUGAGAGUAUUUACAACAUUGCAACAAGCUAUAUCAGCUUCGCCGACCUAUCCCGAUCAUACCUAUGUUCAUAUUGUCAAUGAAUAUGGACGAUUACAAGGAGUGUUUGUUCGAGUUCGUGGUCAACUAAUACCAAUAAGACUAGGAAAUGAAUAUCCAGUCAUGGUAUUAGAACCAACAAUACCACCCACGACGCUAAGCAUUCCAUCAACGCAAUGCAGAACAACACUUCCAUGUUCAACACUUCGUGUGUUCGCUCUUGGCCCCCAUAUUCGACGAAUGUGCAACUCGAAUCGUGGAACUACUAGUUGUUCUAGACUCGCAGACUACGAUAAUCUAUGUUCAAGCGUUUUGAGUCGAUCUCAGCUGAAAGGAUCCUACCGAGCAUUCAUGUCCUCAAGCACACAAUGGUUAUCGAAUCUAUUUGCCGGCAUAUGUGUUAACGCUAAGAUUGUUAAUAUGAAAGACCAAAUUCUAUUCGAUGCGUUUGGAGACAUGUUCGAACAAAAACCACCACAAAGUGAAAUUCUUGACAUACAGGGAUCAAAGCCUGAAUUUCAAUAUUGGUGGCAUGGAACCGCUGUUAAUGGCACAGCAUCGAAAGAUACUUGUCACGAUUGGAGUCGUCAAGAUUCAAGUUUAUCCGGCGUGGCUAGUCGAAUACCAGAUGGUCUCAAUGGCUUAUUUCAUCCUCAAUAUAUCUGGCCCUGUUCAAUUGGAGAUUCCAACAUGGGAAUAUUAUGUAUUGAAACAAAUUGUGAUAGAAAUAAGAAAUUAUAA